AUGCUGUUUCUCCCACUUGUGUCGCUCGCGCUCCUGUCUUUGGCGUCUGCCGAGCCUCGCAUCUCACCGCUGAUAACGCACGAGAAACGGUCCCAUAUUCCUGCAGGGUGGUCGCACACUCAUCGACAUGACCCUGUCGCGGUCCUACCGUUGCGCAUCGGUCUGGUCCAGAGCAACAUGGACAAGCUAGAGAAACUCUUGCUCGACGUCUCUGGGCCGGAGUCGGCAAACUACGGAAAACACUGGUCGGCCGGCAAGGUCUCGCAGACGUUCGCUCCCAGUAGGGAAACUGUGGAUACUGUGCGAGACUGGCUUACCGGUUCUGGUAUCGAGGCCUCGAGGGUCAAGCUAUCAGGUGCUAGGACGUGGAUCGAGCUCAAUGCCACUGUGGAGGAAGCCGAGCGCCUCUUGAACACAGAAUACCACGUAUACUCGCAUACCACAGGCAAGGAGCACGUCGCUUGCGACAGUUACAAGUUACCGGAACACGUCAGCAAACACGUCGACUUCAUUCUGCCCUCAAUCCAUUUCGAUGCUGUGAUCAAACGGGACAACAAUUCAUCUGGGUCUGGGGGCACCCUCAGCAACAUAGGCCAACCUGGUGUCGGGCUGAAGCCGAAGACCACCGGGACGAUAGGCAGCAUCAUCAACGAGCUGGAGGCGUGCGAUCAGCAAAUAACGUUGAUCUGCCUCAGGGCGCUGUAUGGGAUUGUCUACGUACCUGUCGCGACGGACAGGAACAGCUACGGGAUAGUUGAAUACACUCCGCAAGCAUAUCUCCAAACCGAUCUUAACAUGUUCUUCGGCAAUUUCUCACCAAAUCUGGUUGGAAAGUCUCCCGCUAUGGUGUCCGUCGACGGAGGUUACGCGCAAACUGAGUACACAGGUUUCGGUUACAAUGGCGAGAGUGACUUGGAUUUGCAAUACGGGAUGUCCCUCGUCGACCCCCUGCCUGUCACACUAUACCAGACAGGUGACAUGGUCGAAGGCGCUUCCUUCAACAAUUUCCUCGAUGCGAUUGACGGGUCAUACUGUACGUUUGAAGGCGGAGACGAUCCCUACUAUGAUUCGACGUACCCUGAUCCUUAUGGUGGGGGUUAUGAAGGUCCUGAAGAUUGUGGCACCGCCGCCCCCGCCCACGUCAUUUCCACAUCUUAUGGGUACAACGAAGCAGAACUUUCCCCAGCAUACGCAGCAAGGCAAUGUGCUGAAUAUGCCAAACUUGGUCUUAUGGGUACAACCGUGCUAUACAGCUCCGGUGAUGACGGAGUCGCUGGAAACGGCAACGUAUGUCUGGACGCUAAUGGUAACGAAGUCUACGGCGGUACCAGGUUCAAUCCCACAUUCCCCGGCGUUUGCCCAUAUGUCACGUCGGUCGGCGCCACUCAAGUAAAUCCAGGCGCUAGCGUCACUGAACCAGAGAGCGCAUGCAUGCAGGUGAUCUACAGUGGAGGCGGAUUUAGCAACUAUUUCGCGUUGCCCUCGUAUCAAGCCGCUGCAGUUGAGCACUACCUUACGGCCUACCCACCGGCCUAUUCUGCAAGCCAGUACAAUGCAACGGGGAAGGCAAGAGGGUUCCCUGACGUUGCUGCAAAUGGUGCCAACUAUGUUGUCGCCGUCGACGGAGAGUUUGAGCUCGUCUACGGGACCUCCGCUUCGUCCCCCGUCACCGGCUCCAUCUUGACGUUAGUCAAUGAUGCCCGCCUCGCGAUAGGCAAGAGCCCGAUAGGCUUCAUUAAUCCUACCAUAUAUUCCCCCGCGUUUGCGGGCGCGUUCCAUGAUAUCACCACUGGCAGCAAUCCGGGGUGCGGAACCAACGGUUUUAAUGCGACCCCUGGGUGGGACCCUGUCACUGGUCUCGGCACUCCGAACUUCCCUCAAUUGUUGGCCAGAUGGCUGGCGUUGCCAUAG